AUGGCGAGACGACCGAGACAGAAGAACAGGAAGCUGAUCGCCGACCCCAGAACCAAGCAUACCACCUUCUCCAAGCGCCGGUGUUCCAUCUUCCAGAAAGCCAGCGAGCUCUGUACUUUGUGCGCCGUCGAGAUGGCUCUCGUCAUCUUCUCUCCCGGGGGCAAACCCUACUCGUUCGGCCAUCCUUCUACUGAUGCAGUAAUCGACAGACUCAUCACCGGUUCUGCAGAUCCCAUUCUCCAUAAUUCUUCUGAAGAAGAAAAGGCCCAGCGAGAAGCGAUCAUGGCGGAGCUGGACAAGGAGUACAGCGAUCUGAAUGCGCAGUUGAAGGAAGAGAAGGAACGAGGCAAGGAGCUGAACCAGGAGAUGAAGAAUCUUCCAGAUAUCGAGAAGAUGAGCAGAGAUGAGCUGAUGAAGUUGAAGGAAUCACUUGAAGCUCUGAGAGUGAAAAUACGCAGUCGUAAAGAGGAGCUUUUGGCUGGGAAGGGUACUGGGGAUGAUGAUGAUCUGAGAUUAACGUUGGGUGGUGUAUUUUCUGGAGGAGAAGCUUCUUCUUCAAGCUCUGCAAAAACUGAUCAUCAUCAUCAGGCCGGAGAAGAAGAUUUUUCUGCAAAUGCCGACGAUGGAGAUGAUGGUGAUCUUAGUCUGAAUCUAUCAGCUUUUGUUCCCGGUGAUGCAUAA